AUGGAAACGAUCACCAAAAAUUUGGUAACAAAAGCGGAACAGGAGAAAAGUGUCUACACAUCAAAAGUGGACUUUGCACAAUUGAAAUCUGAAAUGCAUAUGCUUGAGAAAAAUGACGCAUCACUAAUGAAAGCUGAGAAUGAGCGACUUUUAACAGAAAUCGAGAAACUGAAAUCGAAAUUGAAUGAAGAAGUAAGACGUACACAAGCAGGUGUUCGUCUAGAUUUAAACCUCGAGAAAGGUCGAAUAAGGGACGAAGCUAGCUCAUUGGAACUGAAAAUUAAAGAAACAGAAACACGUAUUGAGAGUGAAAUUAGUAAUUUAAGAACACAAAUGGAAACUACAAAAUUCCAAAUCCUACAGUAUAUGCUUGGUACUUUGACUGGCGCGGGAGCAUUAAUACUAGCUUAUCUGAGGAUGUUUCGGUGA